AUGCAAACAGCUGUGGCUGCGGAUCCCACCUUCAGUCGGCAGGCGUGGAGUCAAGACGCCGUGCGCGAUAUCAUGCUCUCAUGGACGCACAGUGAAUGGAUACCGAUCGUGAGCAUAGCACGCGAUUACCAGAUUUCGAAGAACACACGCGUGGAUUACUUUAUGCCGCCACUGGAGGAGGUAACAUUGAACGCCAGCCAAUUGGGUAUUGAGUUGGGCAUACACGAUUGGCUCAUCGUGAAUAAGCAGCAGACAGGCUUUUAUCAUGUACUCUACAAUGAUGCGAAUCUCUGGCUGAUCGCCAAACAAUUGCACGACAAUCACACGGUUAUACAUCCACUUAAUCGUGCAGCUAUCUUUCAAGACCUAGGACCACUAAUCGAGAAUAAUGAAAUACAAUCGGUGGAUGUGAUAUUUGAACUAUUAAAUUAUCUGCAGUAUGAGGACAAUCUCAUGCCAUGGAAUCAAGUGGCCGACACAAUUACCUCUCUUGGCAAGAAUCUCUUUGGCACGCCAGCAUACAAAUUGUACACGCACUUUGUGCGCCAACUAAUUCGUCCAAUGUUUCGACGACUCUACGAAAUACCGUUGGCUGAGAAUCUUACAAACACCGAAACUUUGGCUAGACAAAAGAUUAUGGAAAUGGCUUGCUUCGCCGAUCUGCAGGAGUGUCUCGACUACACCCACAAUUUGGCACACGAAUACAUUUUCGGUAAUGCAAAAUUCGACAACGAUAUGAGCUACUAUGCCAUGUAUGAGACGAUUCUGUGUUUGGGAGUUAAAUAUCUGAGCGAUGAGGAGUUCAACGCCAUACUGAAACUAUUCGGUGAAACGCAACGCGACACGUUGUGGUAUGAUGAUCUUAUUUACUCGUUACGUUGUACGCAGAGUAAUUCGCAUCUGCAGCAGUAUCUCAAUUUCUUGCUGGGCGAGAACUCGACUAAAAGCAUUAUGAACGACAACGAAUCCAUGAUGUAUUUAUUCUAUUUGUUCAAAAGUAAUCAUGUCGCACGCCCCGUUAUGUGGACGUUCUUUGAAAGCAAUUAUCGCGUGCUAUGUCGUUCUCAACUGUUCGUCGACAAUUUUAACCGCAUUGCGGAAUACCUGAAGCGUUCGAAUUACGAACAGUUUCUCAAUUUGCGCAAUAUGAUUGCCGCUGAGCUGGCGAAGGAGGGUCGCGAAAAAACCCUCAUUGCUGCAAAUUCGCCACGUAUUGGUCGGAAGGUAAAAAUCAGUGAGACCUUUCUGGACAAAUUCAAUAAUCAAAUUUACGAGUGGCUGAGGCGACAUCAGCAAGCUACAUAUGCGGCAUCUUUGGGUGCGCGCAGCAGUGCCACACAGAUUGGCCAUCUGUUUCGUGUGGCGGGGAAGUUCCUACGUAAAGUGCUCAUCAAGAAAGGCAGAUGAGCCAUUAAGUUUACUAUUAACUUCUUUUAUAAAGAAUGGAUUAAACACUAAUUAAACUUUUAUUUAAAAAAUAUAACAGUA